AUGGGAGAACCGGUUUCUGGGUCUUCUUUCCCUCAGACCCGAGAACACGACCAACAUCAACAACACCUUCAUUCACACACCAGUCGCGAUUCCCACAAUCACAACCAUCAACACCACCACGCUCGUUCCCAAAACGAUAAGAAUACACACAAGCGGGACGAUUCGGACCCGACUAUAAUUGUUGAGACCAUCUCCGUUCUCCAACUAAUCGACAACACCGGUGCGGUCCUUACCGUCCAGACACUUCCGAAACAAACGGCCAGCCCCCGCAGCGAGACCGAAGCCGCUCUGACUGUUGAAGCGGACCCUGCGACUGCGACGUACCCAGGCCCACCGGACGCUACAUCGGGAGACGGCGACGACAAUGAUGGUGACAAUUCACUGUCGUCCGCCAGUUCAACGACAGACCCGACCGUGACACCUUCGGAGUCCUCCAUGCCAACUUCGUUUCCAACCUUGUCUUAUGCGCCCUUGACGUCCACUCAUUUAACAGGUUCUCCUGCUUUUCCUUCAUUGGCCGGCGUAACAAAUACCACUUCAACGUCUAUUUCGAGUUCGGCUUCGACCUCGAUCAACUCUACUUCUUCUUUACUAUCCUUCACCUCUUCAAGCGGGAGCAGCUUUUCGAUAUUCAGCUCGGAGAGCAGUACAUAUUCAUCUGGGUCCACAUCUUCAAGAUCAUCGUCUGAAUCUUCAACCUCUUCAACCUCGGUUUCAACUUCAACUUCAUCUUCAGCUUCAUCUUCAACUUCUGGAUCCUUCUCUGGAACCGCUACAUCUACCGGUCCUGGAAGCGAUGGUUACACUGUAGUGGGAGGCGGGGAUGGAUCAACAUCGCCUACGGCUACUGCAGCGGCCGGCGACGACCCAAAUUCCAAUUCGGGGGCGACGGACCAGAAAUCUGUGGCUACCGUUGCUGGCAGCGUGUUGGGAGCGGUAGCUGGUGUCGCAUUCAUCCUGGUUCUCGCCUUGGUUGCUAUACGAUGGAAGAAACGCCAGAACACCUUGAAAUUGAUGCGAGGCUCUACGGGCGAUCGAGGUCCCGGCGGUCUUCUCAGAGGAGGGAGUGCCGCGCCUAGCGGCGGAGGAGGCGCCGCUGGCGACAUGUCGCAACGAAGACGAUCGAUUCCGUUUGCUGUACCCGCGGCUCUCGCCAACUUAUCGGGAUACAAGCGUUUUUCUAAAAGCACAGCAUCAUCUGACGGAGGCGAGAAGGGCUUCACUAAGGUUUCUGGUAGAAAGCUGCCACCAGUGCUGCAGUUUGGAGGCGAUGGCUACACAGACCCUCGAGCAACAAUGAUGAGUGAUCAGUCGAUUGAAUAUCGCGACUCGCAAAUGUGGCUCGGCCAAGCAGGUCCUUCAAGGCUGGCUGUCGGAUCGCCGAUGCGGCCGGAAAGCGGAAUCCCGGUAUUCCACGCCAGCCCGGCGCGGACGCCCGUGACGCGGCCUGGACCGUUCAGCCCUUAUACCGACAGUUCUCCCCUCGAGCCGCCUCAGAGAGAUCCGCUUGGACGUUCACAUCCAUCACGUGAUGGAUCAACUCGGUCUCAUGGGUCUGCCUCAAGAUUCACUGAGGAACUAUGA